AUGACGCUUUCUCGCCUCCUGCUCCGAGGCAACCCUAGCCAGGCGCUUCGAGCGGUGGCUGCGCCUGGCCUUGCGCGGAGUUUCCCCUACUACGCUCGCCACUAUUCAGCGGACGCCGGCAAGAAGGACGAGAAUGCGGGAAACGAGAAUAAGCAGGAGGAUAGCCCUCCUCCCUAUACUCACCAUGGCUCUGCGAUCAACUUCAACUGGGGUCGCGAAAAGAAGGAAAAGACAGGCCCGACUCUGUCGGUGGACAACUGGGAGGAACACCCUGACGCCAAGAUUGAGGACUUUGAGGAGCUUCCCUACAAGGGCUUCGGCAUCAACCAGCACAUGGAGGUCAACGCCGAGUUCAAAAAGGUCCUGACCGAGGUUGUCCGGGAAUUCCGCGCUCCCAUCAUGUACGCCAUGGCAUACGGCUCCGGCGUCUUUCCUCAGUCCAAGGUCAGCCGAUCUGUGUCGGACGAGGAUUUUCGCGCUGUCCACCCCAAGCCGUCCCCUUCAUUGAUAGAGGUUCAAAAGGGUGGCCCCAAGAUGAUUGACUUCAUCUUUGGCGUCACUCACACGCAGCACUGGCACUCGCUGAACAUCAGACAGCACCGUGACCACUACUCUGGCCUGGCCAGCUUCGGUUCGGGCCUCGUCUCUACUACCCAGGAUCGCUGGGGCGCAGGUGUCUACUUCAACCCCUAUGUCACCAAGAAGGGCAUGCUCAUCAAAUACGGCGUCACGUCCAUCGACAACCUCUGCACCGACCUCUCCACCUGGAACAACCUGUACCUCGCGGGAAGACUUCACAAGCCGGUUAAGAUCCUGCGUGAUCACCCCAGAGUUCGCCUUGCAAACCAGGUCAACCUGAUUUCGGCGGUCCGCACUGCUCUCCUGCUUCUGCCCCCCAAGUUCACCGAGAAAGAGCUCUUCUCUACCAUUGCCGGCAUUUCGUACCUUGGCGACCCGCGCAUGUCUCUUCCUACCGAGAACAAGAGCAAGAUCUCCAACAUUGUGGACAACAACAUGGUCUCCUUCCGCAAGCUAUACGGUCCACUGCUCAACACUCUUCCCAACGUCGACUUUGCAGAGGGAGCCGACCAGCAGAGCAAGCACGCCGCCGACGCCGAGUACGACGGUGCCAUGUACCAGGAUAUGGACCCCAUUAAGCGUGGUAACAUGGUCCGCCGCCUGCCCCAGGCAUUCCGCUCGCGUCUCUACUUCCAGUACCAGAAGAAGUUCAUGGUUCCGACUGCUGACUUCAAGGCCAUGAUGGACGCCUCAAAGGAUGAGGACGCCGUGAGCUUUAAGCGCCGCGAGGGCGGUGGCUUUGAGCAGCGCAUCGUCCAGGACAAGCCCGAGGAGUUGCAAAGUUCCAUUCGCAAGGUCAUUCGCCAGACUGUCAACUGGCCUGCGACCGCCCAGUCGAUCAAGGGCUUCUUCACCGCAGGCGUCGGCCGCUCCGUUCGGUACAUGUCCGAGAAGAUGACAAAGUACAACGAAGGCAAGACAAAGGCCAAGGCCAAGGCUGAUGAAGACAAGAAGCAGCCCGCCGAGGACGCGGAGAAGCCCAAGAAGGAGGAGUGA